GAGUUCAAAUCUCGGUGGAACCUGAGUUGAUUUGAUUUUGGUGCGCUGUUUGAUUCAUUAUGACAAAUCAUGCAUUAGUUUUAAACACCAUAACAUGCUAAGCACCACUGUAAAGCGCCACAAUGUGACUCUAAAAUCUAAACUAACACAAACCCGGAUUAGCGCACGAUAUGCUGACGGAAAUCGCGGUGUUCCUUCCGGGUGAAUUGCUCAUCACCCCAAAUUUCUAAUCUCAAAAUGGCAGCAGCUAUGGAUGUUGAUACACCGAGCGGCACGAACAGUGGAGCUAGCAAGAAGCGGUUUGAAGUGAAGAAGUGGAAUGCUGUGGCGCUGUGGGCCUGGGACAUCGUGGUGGAUAACUGUGCUAUCUGUCGGAACCACAUCAUGGACCUCUGUAUAGAGUGCCAGGCCAACCAGGCCUCUGCGACCUCUGAGGAGUGCACUGUAGCCUGGGGUGUCUGCAAUCAUGCCUUCCACUUCCACUGUAUUUCCCGCUGGCUGAAAACCAGACAGGUGUGUCCUCUGGACAACAGGGAGUGGGAGUUUCAGAAAUACGGACACUAGCUGUAUUAUUGCUGACCUUUUUCUGCGCUACAAGCAUCACCCGUACUACUUCUCUGUUCCCUCCUGCUUGUAAGCAGUUAUUUUACGCCCAUGACUUUGUUUUGGUAUGUUGUAAGUACAAAAAUAAACAUGAAUAUUGUCACAAA